AUUCUCAAAUUCCCUACUCCUUAAGUAAUAAUAUUUCGAUAACAACCAAACGACCCAAAUCGAGAUCGAAAUGGCAUUUUGGAAUUCGUUCACAAAAUCCGCCAUUAGAAGUAAUGUUGGAAAUCUAUCGUGGCCUUAAAAACAUUGGAAUGGAAUGGAAGACCAUUGAUCCUUUUCACGUUCGGAGUCGUUAUAUUUAUCCGUCUGGAUUACAAGUUAAAAUUGAUUUGCAGCUUUAUAGACUUGACAUCAAUAAUUAUCUUGUUGAUUUCAAAAAUGUUGGCUAUGAAUUACCUUCUGUGGCUGAAUCUAUGUCAUCUACUUCUUCACCAUCAUCAUUUGAAUCACAAGUAGAAUCAUUUAUGUUAUCAAAUCAACAAGACAGUACAUCCUCAUCGACUAUUAAUGAUAGACAAGGAGAAGCACCAAUGUCAUCAAAUAUAUUACAAGUUGAUGGAAAAGAAGUUACUUCUGUGUAUCCAUUUUUUGACGUUUGCACAAAGUUAAUAACAGAACUUGCAAUAUCAGC